AUGGAGGAUCAACGAGGACGGAGGAGCAGCGACGACGGAGGUGCAGCGAGGACGGAAGAGCAGGGGAUAGCUGCUGCAGCUGAUAGUAGCAAGGUCCACUGGUUUGUUAAAAGGAAUCCUCAAGCAGCUUGUCAAAUGGAGGACUCUUUGUUACAAAUCAGAAAAUGGCUCAUCAAAGGGGUGGAACAGAAAUGGCUCAGAGCUGAAAUCUUUAUCAAGGAUGAGGCUUUGAGGAAAAAACUUGCUAACAGAUCCCCUCUCCAUUGGAAGUUGGAUAUGCUGGCCAUGGACAUCCACUCAUUAGCAAUGGAGCUACAGACUGUUUCCUUCCCCCCUCUCUUCUAG